UGCGGGCGGGCGGUUCCGGCGGGUGCGGGCCGGGAUGGAGGCCGUGCCCCGCAUGCCCAUGAUCUGGCUCGACCUCAAGGAAGCCGGGGAGUUCGCCUUCAACCCUGCCGUCAAAAAGUUUGUCUUGAAGAACUAUGGGGAGAACCCAGAGAACUACAACGAGGAGCUGCGGAAACUGGAGCUGCUCCGGCAGAGCGCUGUCAACGUGCCCAGGGACUUUGAGGGCUGCAGCACACUGCGGAAGUACUUUGGCCAGCUCCACUACCUGCAGAGCCGCAUCCCCAUGGGUGCUGAGCAGGAGGCAGCUGUCCCCAUUGCCUGGACUGAGAUCUUCUCGGGCAAGACGGUGACACAUGAGGACAUCAAGUACGAGCAGGCCUGCGUCCUCUACAACCUGGGUGCCCUGCACUCCAUGCUGGGAGCCAUGGACAAGCGAGUGUCUGAGGAGGGCAUGAAGGUUUCCUGCACCCAUUUCCAGUGUGCUGCUGGCGCCUUCACCUACCUGCGGGAUCACUUCCCCCACUCCUACAGUGUGGACAUGAGCCACCAGAUCCUCAACCUCAACAUCAACCUCAUGCUGGGCCAGGCACAGGAAUGUCUUCUGGAGAAGUCCAUGCUGGACAAUAGGAAGAGCUUCCUCGUGGCCCGGAUCAGCGCCCAGGUGGUGGAUUACUACAAGGAGGCCUGCCGGGCACUGGAGAACUCGGAGACAGCUUCUCUGCUGGGCAAGAUCCAGAAGGACUGGAAGAAACUGGUGCAGAUGAAAAUCUACUAUUUUGCUGCUGUGGCCCAUCUGCACAUGGGAAAGCAGGCUGAGGAGCAGCAGAAGUUUGGGGAGCGGGUCAUCUACUUCCAGAGUGCUCUGGAUAAACUCAACGAAGCCAUCAAGCUGGCAAAGGGGCAGCCAGAAACUGUCCAGGAAGCCCUGAGAUUCACUAUGGAUGUCAUUGGUGGCAAGUACAAUUCAGCCAAAAAGGACAAUGACUUCAUCUACCAUGAGGCUGUGCCUGCUCUGGACACCCUGCAGUCUGUAAAAGGUGCCCCACUGGUCAAAGCCCUGCCUGUCAACCCCACGGAUCCAGCUGUCACUGGCCCAGACAUCUUUGCCAAGCUGGUGCCCAUGGCUGCCCAUGAGGCCUCUUCCCUCUACAGUGAGGAGAAGGCCAAGCUGCUGAGGGAUGUGAUGGCCAAGAUCGAAGCCAAGAACGAAGUGCUGGACCAGUUCAUGGACUCCAUGCAGCUGGACCCAGAGACUGUGGACAACUUGGACAUGUACAGCCACAUUCCCCCCAUCCUGAUGGAGAAGUGUGCAGCGCUCAGCGUGCGCCCUGACACCGUCAAGAACCUUGUCCAGUCCAUGCAGGUGCUCUCUGGGGUCUUCACUGACGUGGAGGCUUCCCUGAAGGAGAUCCGAGACCUUCUUGAGGAGGAUGAGGCUCAGGAACGGAAGCUGCAGGAGCUCCUUGGGAAGGUACCAGGAUCCCAGGGGUCCCCCCCACCGCCUUCCCCGGGGCUGGCCGAGGUCAGCAAGGAGUGCUCCAAGUACAUGGAGGUGCACGAGAAGGCCAGCUUCACCAACACCGAGCUGCACAAGGCCAUGAACCUGCACAUCAGCAACCUCCGCCUGCUCAGCGGGCCCCUGGACCAGGUCCGGGCCACGCUGCCCUCGCCCUCCUUGACUGAAGAUGACAAGCAGGUGCUGCAGAACCUGAAGCGAAUCCUGGCCAAGGUGCAGGAGAUGAGGGACCAGCGGACAUCCCUGGAGCAGCAGCUGCGUGAGAUGAUCCAGAAGGAUGACAUCACCAGCUCCCUGGUCACCGCUGACCGCUCCGAGAUGAAGAAACUCUUUGAGGAGCAGCUGAAGAAGUAUGACCAGAUCAAGGUGUACCUGGAGCAGAACCUGGCUGCCCAGGAGAAUGUCCUGAAGGCCCUGACGGAUGCCAACGUCAAAUACGCAGCCGUGCGCAAGGUCCUGGCUGAGGUGGAGCACAAGUGGAACACAACUGUUCAGACCUUGGUGGCCUCCUACGAAGCCUAUGAGGACCUGAUGAAGAAAUCACAGGAGGGGAAGGAUUUUUACACCGACCUGGAGGGGAAAGCAGCCAAGCUGCUGGAGAAGGCCCGGGCUGCCUGCCAAGCUGCUGAGGCCAGCAGGCAGCAGAUCUUGGAGAAGGAGAUGAAGAAGCAACCACCCCCUCGGCCUACGGCCCCCAAGCCCCUGCAGAAGAAGCAGCUGGAGCUGGAAGCCGGUGGUGUGCUGGACAGCAGCGAGCUGCCGCUGGGUGCUUUGGUGCUGCCGGAGCUGCCGGAGGAGCUGCGGAGCCUGCCCCCGGACGUGCUGGCCGGGCACCUGGCACACCUGCCACCCCCUACGCUGGCUGCCCUCAACCCGGCCCUGGCCCCUGGCCCACGGCCCCCUGAGCCCUUCCUGGCCAGUGCCCCACUGCCACCCUUUGCCCCAGCCCGUUUCCCGGGUACCUCAGCCCUCCCUGGGCACUACCGGCUGCCGGCGGCACCUGUCUCGGUGCCAGGCCCCUUCCCGGCCCCACUCCUCCAGCCCUCUGCUCCACAGGCAGCUGGGCCUCCCCCUGGCUCAGCUGCUGCCCCCCAGCUCUUCUCAGCCGCCUCACUGAUGCGGGCCCCGGUGCAGCCCGGUGUGGCCCCGGUGCAGCCCAGUGCAGUCCCAGUGCAGCCUGGUGUGGCCCCAGUGCAGCCUGGUGUGGCCCCAGUGCAGCCCAGUGCAGUCCCAGUGCAGCCUGGUGUGGCCCCAGUGCAGCCCAGUGCAGUCCCAGUGCAGCCGAGCUUCACAGGGCCCCAGCUGCUUCCUGCCCGCUCGUCUCCACAGCACGGUCCUGGCCCUGGUCCCAGCUCUGCUCCUGCUUCCUCCUACAGCCUGGGCCAGCCUGGGAUGCCUGUGCCCGGGCCCCUCAGACCCCCUGCCCUGGGACCAGCAGCACCCAUGGGUGCCCAGCCACCGCUGGGUGCCCCUGAACUGGUUGCAGGCCCCCGGCCAGCCACCACCACAGUGGACAGCAUCCAGGCCCCCAUCUCCAGCUGCACUGCUCCCCCACGGCCCCCUGGCCCCUUCCUGCCCCACCAGCGUCCGGGUGUGCCCCCAGCCACUUUCCCCUAUGCCCAGGGAGGGCUGCAGACCUUUGGGCAGCCACCUCAGCUGCCUUUUCCUCCUGGGCAGCACCCCCACACCUUCACCUCUACAGCACAGCUCCAGCCUGCCAUGGAGGUGCCUGCUCGGGCCCAGGGCCCACAGCAGUUCCCUCCAGCCCCUUUCAUGCCCCCAAGCAGAGCCCAGGCCUCACUGCCCUUCCAGAUGCCCCCCCAGCCCCAAUUUGCCCAGUUCACUGGCCCCAGGGGGCAGCUGCCCCCACCAGGCUCAGCUCAGCCCCCUUUGCCCCCACAGCUUUAUCAGCUCCCAGGGCAUGACAAGUUGCCUCCCCAGGGUCUCGCCCCACAGACGGGGACCCUGCCCUUCCCCAGAGCCCCCUGCCCAGCUGGGCCACCUGGACAGCCCCUGCACUCUACCAUGCUGGGAGGGCUGCAGACAGUGCCCUCCAGCUCCCCUGCUUUGCCCUUCUGCCCCAGCCCUGCUCUCCCCAACAGCCAAAUGCCCCCCGGGACCAUGGCCAUGGGCCCUCCUCCACCCACACCUGCCAGCCAGGCUGCCCCCCACAUCACCCCCUCGCCCAGCCCUGGCCUGGGCCAGCUACCAGGCACAGUGGUGGUCCAGGGUCCUCUCGUUCCCUCGCCAGCCCCCUCCCCACAACCAGCCUUGCCCAUGCAGCCCCAAGCACUGGUGCCAGGCUCUGGCAGUGUGCCCCAGAGACCACCGCCCUCGCUGACGCCGAGCGAAGCUUCCUUCCAGCGGCAGAGCUCCUCCACCGAUGACCUACUGUCCUCCAGCCCUGAGAGCCAACAUAGCAGCUCCAAGGCUGCUGUGGGGCUGCUGCAGCCCACCAAGGCUGAUGCCAAGGAGGGGCAGAAGCCCAAAGCCCUGCAGCUGAUCGAGGACGAUCCCUACGAGAAGCCAGAGCGUGUCCUGCGGCUGCUGGCCGAGCUCGAGCGCUUCCGCGGGCUGGUGGAGAGGCUGGAGAGGCCUGGGCCCGGUGGCACUGCGGAGCUGGACCUGGUCUGGAAGGAGCUGCAGGAGGCCCAGGAGCGGGACGCGCGGCAGCUCUCCAUCGCCAUCGCCCGCUGCUACUCCAUGAAGAACCGGCACCAGGACAUCAUGCCCUACGACAGGAACCGCGUCGUGCUGCGCUCGGGCAAGGACGACUACAUCAAUGCCAGCAGGGUGGAGGACCUCUCGUCCUACUGCCCCACCAUCAUUGCCACCCAGGCCCCGCUCCUGGGCACUGCUGCCGACUUCUGGCUGAUGAUCUACGAGCAGAAGGUCUCGGUCAUCGUCAUGCUGGUGUCGGAGCAGGAGCUGGACAAGCAGAAGGUGCUGCGGUACUUCCCCCCUGAGCGGGGCCAGCCCAUGGUGCAGGGAGCAGUCACCCUUGUCCUCACCAGCCUGAAGGUCACCCCCACCCACGUGGAGAGGAUGAUCACGCUGCAGUACCGCGACCAGAGCCUCAAGCGCACCGUCGUCCACCUCCAGUUCACCUCCUGGCCAGAGCUGGGUCUGCCUGAAAGCAAGGGGAGCCUCCUGCGCUUCAUCCAGGAGGUCCAUGGCCACUACCUUCACCAGCGCCCACUCCACACCCCCAUCGUGGUGCACUGCAGCUCUGGAGUGGGCCGCACCGGGGCCUUCUGCCUCCUCUAUGCGGCCAUGCAGGAGGUAGAGGCAGGCAACGGCAUCCCCGAGCUGGGCCUGCUGGUGCAGCGGCUGCGGCAGCAGCGCAAGCACAUGCUGCAGGAGAAGCUCCACCUGAAGUUCUGCUACGAGGCCCUCCUGCUGCACACCGAGCAGGUGCUGCACCGCCACGGUGUGGGUGUCCCUGCUGCCCCCAAGGCUGCCAACAGUGCCUCCCCUAAGCUCUACUCUCACCAGGACUCCCAGGACCUGGUCCUGGGUGGGGACAUGCCCAUCAGCUCCAUCCAGGCCACCAUUGCCAAGCUGAGCAUCAAGCCCGGGGGUGGCAGCGGGGAGGUGGAGCCAGCCCCUCUGCCCGAGGUGGCAGAGGACAUGGCCCUGCCGGAUGGGCUGCUGGAUGGGGUGGCUGCCCCUGAGCCCUCCCCACCGCCACCACCUCUCCCAGAGCCUCCCGGUGACGCCCCCAGCAACAACCACGUAGCAGCUGAGAGCCCCGAGGCCCCGGGGCCCGAGACAGUGGCCCCCCCAGCUGCCCCUUCCUCCUCCCUGGAGCUGCUGGCCUCCCUGACGCCCGAGGCCUUCAGCCUGGACGCCUCCCUCAAGGGCAAGCAGCGGAUGAACAAGCAGAACUUCCUGCAGGCACAGACAGGCGAGGGGCUGCGGGGCCCCAGGCCCAGCGAUGAUCCCCUCAGCAUGCUCGAUCCCCUCUGGACACUCAACAAGACGUGAAGUGGGGGGGGAGUGGGGGUGUGUCCCCAUGGCGCCCCAGCACUACAGCCCUGCCCUCCCCACUCUGGGGCUGGGACCAACAGGGGCACCCUGAGUGGGGUUUGGGUGGGAGGGAUUUCCUCCCUUGUGCCCCUCCAGCUCAGCCCCCCUGCUUUGUACAGGUGUGGGAGGGGCACUGCCCGCACUCUGACUCCACUCACAACUGACUUUUUCAGCUCUUUGCUACUAAAAUAAAGAGAAUUUGAUCUGCA